UUGGGAGAAUCCAGGUUUAGUUGUAGGGCCAGUUCUCCACCGCCCAGACAGAAUUGUCUGGAUAAUGAGGUUUUGUGCCCAUGGCCAUGACCUCUUCACCCAAGGAUCUGUCUCUGGGUCUCAUCUAGGUGGUCUGGUUUCCACUGAGGAUCAGGGCUGUAGAAGUGGACUCUAGCUCCUGAUCCACCAUCAGGUCUGGAUACGGACUGGCUCUGGGAUUGGAUUAGUCACGCUUCGCCAUCUGUAUCUGCUAUAGACUCAUUGUAUUGGUAGUUGUGAUGUUAGAAGUAGAUUUAUCGAUUAUUAUUUUUACAAAUUUCUCCAUAUUUAGGGCAGAUCCACGAAUGAUAUAUUUAUGUUUUUACAUAAUCUCCUGUAGCAUCUAGAACUCUAUAAUUUUGUUAAAUGUAUAUUUUGUGCUUAAUUCUGAAAUCCAAUAAUCUCUCUCUUUCAUUACACUAAACUCCAGUCCAGAUAAGAAAUGCCCCGACUACAGUCAGUGUUGAUAUAAAUUCUGAAACAGGUGCGAGUGUAAAUGCUCCUUUAUUGACUGCGAACACCUUCACAGGACCAGUAACCAUUUAUGGCUCAAAUGCUGAAGGAAACGAUAAACAGAAAUCCUCAGAGAUGGCAGAGGAACACAGAGAAAAACAAGAGCUGCAAAACUUUUUGGAAACUCACAAAACAAACAUGAAGGAGAAAACAAUAUAUUUUUGAGGGCAACAAAGACAAUGAAGCACAACUCAAGGCUAUUUACACAGAACUGUUCAUCACAGAGGGAGAUAUGAAAGAUGUCAAUCACGAACAUGAGAUUCUGAGGAUUGAUGAUGCCUUCAAGAGCAAAAAAACACAGGACAAACUAAUCAUAUCUAAUGAUAUAUUUACUGAACUGAGUAAAAACAAUGAGAAAAAGAUUGUGCUGACUAAAGGAGUCGCUGGCAUUGGAAAAACUGUCUCUGUGCACAGGUUGAUCCUGGACUGGGCCGAAGGAAACACCAAUCAAGAUAUACACUGUGUGUUCCUGCUUCCAUUCAGAGAGAUUAACUUAAUGACAAAUGAAGAUUUCAGUCUCCAUGAGCUUCUGCUGGAAUUUUAUCCUGAACUGAAUGACCUGGAGAAAUCAAAGCUAUAUAAGGAAUGUAAGAUAGCAUUUAUAUUUGAUGGACUUGAUGAGAGUCGCCUACCUAUAAAUUUUAAAAGUAGAUCACUGAACACUGUUGAGAAAAAAGCAUCUGUGGAUGUGCUCUUUACAAGUCUGGUCAAAGGGACUCUGCUUCCAUCAGCUCUUGUCUGGGUCACAUCACGACCAGCAGCAGCCAAUCAGAUCCCUCCUCAGUAUGUGGGUUUGUUCACAGAGGUGCGAGGAUUCACUGACCAACAGAAGGAGGAGUACUUCAGAAAGAGAUUCACAGAUGAGAGUCUGUCCUCCAGAAUCAUCUCACACAUGAAGAUGUCUCGUAGUCUCUACAUCAUGUGCCACAUUCCUGUGUUCUGCUGGAUCACAGCCACAGUACUUCAGGAUAUUCUCUCUGAGAACAAUGAAGAGAACAUCAGCACAACACUCACUGAAAUGUACAUUCACUUCCUGCUGAUACAGAUGGAAAUGAAGAACCAAAAGUAUGAUGAACAAGAAGAAAGAGAACGUACAGAGCACUUACGAAUAAAUGAAAAAAAUUUUUUAAGUUAG